UUUGAAAAACUCUCCUGUGAUAGGAUUUUGACAAACAAAGCAAUAGAGGCCAACGAUGGGAAGCCAUUACCACUUUAUCAGAAGGCUCUGUGUGGAUUGACAGCUGGAGCUAUCGGUGCAUCUGUGGGAAGUCCUGCGGAUUUAGCACUAAUUCGCAUGCAGGCUGAUGCUACUUUGCCUCUCGCCCAACGACGUCACUACACAAACGCAUUUCACGCGCUCUCUCGAAUUGUUGCUGAUGAAGGGGUUUUAUCUCUCUGGAAAGGUGCGGGCCCCACUGUGGUCAGAGCUAUGGCACUUAACAUGGGCAUGCUCGCUUCUUAUGACCAGAGUGUCGAGUUCUGUAGGGACUCUCUUGGUUUUGGCGAGGCUUCCACUGUCGUAGGGGCAAGUACUGUGUCGGGAUUCUUUGCUGCAGCGUGUAGUUUGCCGUUUGAUUAUGUGAAGACGCAAAUACAGAAAAUGCAGCCAGAUGCUCAAGGGAAAUAUCCUUACACUGGUUCGGUCGAUUGUGUCGUGAAAACAUUCAAGGCUGGUGGACCGUUCAAGUUUUACACUGGAUUUCCAGUCUACUGUGUUAGAAUCGCCCCUCAUGUCAUGAUGACCUGGAUUUUCUUGAACCAAAUCCAGAAAUUUGAGAAAACGAUCGGGUUGUAAGUCCAAGUGGAGUAGCAGCAGGUUUUGGUGGGGGUUAAGCUUUUGAUCGGAAUAAUGUUUUUUGGCCAUGUUUGUCGUAAUUGACACGUUCGAAGUUGAGAGUAAUUUUACAGCAGCCAACAUAAUAUUUUUGUUCUUUUUUUUGUAUUGAACUGAAUGAGGUUAGGAUAUAGGGCAUGCAUUUUUUGCAGAAUCCUCUCCAAUUAAAGGUUGGGAGGAAUUUUUAUUUUAAAAUUGAGGAAGAAUGAAUGAAUGUCUUGGCAAAAUAAUAAAAUGCUACUUUAAAUUGCUUAUUUCAGAAAAGUGGUAACAGGAAUUUUUUUAUUCGAACAUCAUCACAUGAUUUGGUGACAUUUUAGAUAUUUAAUGAUUUGGAACUAAUUUAUCUGUUGGAUUUGUAUAUUAUUAUUUAUUUAGCUGU